AUGAAACUAGUUAGGUUUCUUAUGAACAUACCCAAUUCAACGAAUCAACCAAUAACAGUAGAAUUAAAAAAUGGUAAUAUAAUUAAUGGAACUUUAUUAUCUUGUACACCUUCAAUGAAUUUGAAUUUGAGAAACGUUAAAUUACAACAAUUAUAUCAAGAUCCAAUACUACUACAAUUCAUAAAUAUAAGAGGUAAUCAAAUAAGACAAAUACUAUUACCUGAAGAUUUAAAUAUAGAUCAUGUUUUACAAAAAUCAGAAACUAAAAUAAAAGGUCAUGGGGCUGGUCCUAGUGCAAAACCUAUUAAACGAGGAGGUAGUAAUUUGAGAGGUAGAGGUAGAGGUAGAAAUUGA